AUGUCAACAUUCUCUCUACCCUACUUGGUGCACUUCUCAUUCAAUCAAACAGCUCAGCCACUAAAUCAAAACAUCAAUCUUGUCAACCUUCUCUCAGUCCAGAAGUCUUUAGCUUAUCUCCAGAUAAUGAAUGAUCCAUCAGUGAUUGCAGUUCCAUCAUCAUUUUCCUCACCCAAUCUUACUCUGGUUAACCUUGGAAAUUGUCCAAUCACAUCUGUUCCAGUGUCAUUGUUUAACUCCAAUCUAACUGACUUUUCAAUCCAGACACCAAUAACAUUGGAGGUGAACAAUGUGACUUAUAACAACUUGUCAACUGCAUCAAUUACAUUGACACCUGGUGAAUAUAAGAUUGAUGGUUCCAACUUCCCAAAGCUUGACAACUUGGUCAUAAACACCAUCCGUGGAAACUAUACCCUCAUCUUUGACUCAACAUCCAUCACUUCAUUGAAGGUGGAUGGAGAGGGAAACAAGUUCAUCACAUUCCUAAACUCAACAAGUUACAAGAAAGUUGAUAUAGUACCAAUCAAUAUCAAGCAUAUUUAUCCAAUUGUGUUUGCCGCUGGCAUCAAUGGAAGUGAUGAGAUCAAGUUCAACAAUGUAAAGGAUGCUCCGUAUAAGUUUGUGUUCAAGGGAUAUUAUGGAGGUAAUCCAGUUAAUGCUACAAAGGUAUUGGUAUUCAACGAGCCAUGUUCAAUUAUCUCUGUCAACUCCAAUGAGAUAAUAUGUUCCAUGUCAGCAGACUUCCGUACACCAAACAUCGUAGCCUCAGUAUUCAUCCAAGUUGGAAGCUUCCAAUACCUCUCAACACGUCUAAUCUAUAUCUAUAAUGGAGCUGAUACAUCAUUGAUGUCAUGUCAUGAUAAUGGAGAGUAUGAUGAAGUGAAGAGGGAAUGUGCUUGUGAUGAUGGAUAUGGUGGAGAUAGAUGUGACUCUCCUCCUGUUGGUAGUGGAGUACAAGUCAAUCAUAUGAAUGUAUCUACAUUGUUAUCAUUCCAGACAAGGACAGAGUUGUUUGGUAUAUCAAUGGUCACCAUCAAAGAGAUGAAUCAGUACCAGGAAGUAGUACGUAUAGUACAUCCAAUCUGGAUAACAGACGCUGGCAACCCAUACUUGGUCAACGUCUACACGAACGACACCGUCCAACAGAGGAUUGGCAAUGUGAUCAUCGUGCCAACAUCGACCAACAGUUCAGACGCAGACUCGUCCAUCAACUCUGUCUUCAACUACGAGUUCAACUUGUUUGAUUACACGUAUCAAUCAACUUUGAACACGCUGUCUGUUGACUACGAGCUGUCCACGUCGUCCUCUGCUGAGAGGGACUGCGACCGAUUCGUGUACAAGGACAACAGGUUCUUGGGAAGUGGUCCCGAGUACGUGCGCAUUGCACAGGGUCGCUCGGCACUCCACGUCAACCUGUCUGGUGGCCUGUACUCAACUGUUGCCUACACCUACGCCAUCAAGUCAAUGACAUCGGACAGCUACAACACUACCGUGUUCACAAUCCAAUACCCUUACUGCAACUAUUGUAAGAUGACCAUGCAGCUCAGUGUCACCGACUCGCCAUUCGCCAAUGCCUGUCAAUCCUUCUCCUCCAUCAAAGAUUGGUCACUCUUCAUCUUCGUCCCACUUGCAUGUCUCGCCGUCAUCAUCGUCCUAAUCGUCCUCCUCUACGUCUACCGCUACAAGUUAUUCCCCAACAAUGACAAGUUCUUUGACUUUGAGUGA